AUGACUCUAGCCUGGAGACAUUUGCUGAGAGCUUUGUACCUGGAGAUCUCAACUCCCAGGACUCCCAAGACAUGCCCUUCCCCCAAAGCAGGUGCUUUCUGGACCUCUGUAACCAAGCUCGGUCUUCAUACAAAGCCCAGCAUGCCUCCGUGUGACUUCACACCUGAAAGAUACCAGUCCCUUGCCUAUAAUCGAGUCCUGGAGAUCCACAAGCAACAUCUUUCUCCUGUGCUGACGGCCUAUUUCUCAGAGCCCUUGUUGCUCCACCAGGGGCACAUGGAGUGGCUCUUUGAUUAUGAAGGAAACAGAUACCUGGACUUCUUUUCUGGGAUUGUCACUGUCAGUGUUGGUCACUGCCACCCGAAAGUAAACGCAGUGGCACAAAAGCAGCUUGGCCGCCUGUGGCACACAAGUGCCGUCUUCUUCCACCCUCCGAUCCACGAAUAUGCAGAGAAGCUUUCAGCACUUCUUCCUGAACCUCUGAAGGUCAUUUUCCUGAUGAACAGCGGCUCAGAAGCCAAUGACCUAGCCAUGCUGAUGGCCAGAGCACACUCAAAUAACACAGAUAUCAUUUCUUUCAGAGGAGCCUACCAUGGAUGCAGUCCUUACACACUUGGCUUGACAAAUGUAGGGUUCCACAAAAUGGAACUCCCCAGUGGGAUGGGCUGCCAAUCAACGAUGUGCCCGGAUGUUUUCCGUGGCCCUUGGGGAGGAAGCCACUGCCGAGAUUCUCCAGUGCAAACAAUUAGGAAAUGCAGCUGUGCACCAGACUGCUGCCAAGCUAAAGACCAGUAUAUUGAACAAUUCAAAGAUACUCUGAACACUUCUGUGGCCAAAUCAAUUGCUGGAUUUUUUGCAGAGCCGAUUCAAGGGGUGAAUGGCGUUGUCCAGUACCCAAAGGGGUUUCUAAAGGAAGCCUUCGAGCUGGUUCGUGAGCGGGGAGGCGUGUGCAUCACAGAUGAAGUGCAGACAGGAUUUGGAAGGUUGGGUUCUCACUUCUGGGGCUUCCAAACGCACGGUGUCCUGCCGGAUAUUGUCACCAUGGCUAAAGGGAUUGGGAAUGGUUUUCCCAUGGCAGCAGUUGUGACAACUCCAGAGAUUGCCAAGUCUUUGGCUAAAUGCCUGCUUCACUUCAAUACCUUCGGAGGGAACCCCAUGGCCUGCGCCAUUGGAUCAUCGGUGCUUGAGGUAAUUAAAGAAGAAAAUCUACAAGAAAACAGCCAGGAAGUUGGCACCUAUAUGUUACUGAAGUUUGCUAAGCUGAGGGAUGAAUUUGAAAUCGUUGGAGACGUCCGAGGCAAAGGCCUCAUGAUAGGAAUAGAGAUGGUGAAGGAUAAGACGAGCCGCCAGCCUCUUCCCCGUGAAGAAGUAAAUCAAAUCCACCAGGACUGCAAACGCAUGGGGCUUCUGAUUGGCAGGGGUGGCACUUUUUCUCAGACAUUCCGCAUCGCACCCUCGAUGUGCAUCACGAAACCAGAAGUUGAUUUUGCAGUGGAAGUAUUCCGUUCUGCCUUAAUCCAACACAUGGACAGCCAAGACAAAUAA